AUGUCAGUGUCACAAGUCAGUGUCACACGUCAGUGUCACAAGUCAGUGUCGCACGUCAGUGUCACACGUCAGUGUCGCACGUCAGUGUCGCACGUCAGUGUCGCACGUCAGUGUCACAUGUCAGUGUCGCACGUCAGUGUCGCACGUCAGUGUCGCACGUCAGUGUCGCACGUCAGUGUCGCACGUCAGUGUCACACGUCAGUGGCGCACGUCAGUGGCGCACGUCAGUGUCGCACGUCAGUGUCGCACGUCAGUGUCGCACGUCAGUGUCGCACGUCAGUGUCGCACGUCAGUGUCGCACGUCAGUGUCGCACGUCAGUGUCGCACGUCAGUGUCGCACGUCAGUGUCGCACGUCAGUGUCGCACGUCAGUGUCACAAUGUCACACGUCAGUGGCGCACGUCAGUGGCGCACGUCAGUGUCGCACGUCAGUGUCACACGUCAGUGGCACACGUCAGUGGCGCACGUCAGUGGCGCACGUCAGUGUCGCACGUCAGUGUCGCACGUCAGUGUCGCACGUCAGUGUCGCACGUCAGUGUCGCACGUCAGUGUCGCACGUCAGUGUCGCACGUCAGUGUCGCACGUCAGUGUCGCACGUCAGUGUCGCACGUCAGUGUCGCACGUCAGUGUCGCACGUCAGUGUCGCACGUCAGUGUCGCACGUCAGUGUCGCACGUCAGUGUCGCACGUCAGUGUCGCACGUCAGUGUCGCACGUCAGUGUCACAAUGUCGCACGUCAGUGUCACAUGUCAGUGUCGCACGUCAGUGUCACACGUCAGUGUCACACGUCAGUGUCACAUGUGUAA